UUUUUUGGGUGUAUAAAUUUGCUGGUUUUUAUGUCACAACCAACUUUGUGUGGAUCAUUUGAAGAUGAACUCAGUUAAAGCAUUAGCCGAAUCACCUGAUCUCAACUCCAUCCCUUCUCUUUACGCCUACUCCAAAAACGCUACUGAUUCCCCUGCUUCGGAUCCUCAAGAUCCAAUCCCCACCAUUGAUUUUUCCUUACUCACCUCCGCUGAUCCUGAUCAACGGUCCCAAGUUAUCCAGGAGCUCGAUAAAGCCUGCAAAGAUUGGGGCUUUUUUCAGGUGAUUAAUCAUGGUGUGCCCGAGAGUUUGAUGAAGAUGGUUAUGGAAAAAGCCGGUGAAUUUUUCAAUUUGACAGGGGAAGAGAAGCAAGAUUUCCAGGAAAAGGAUGUUCUUGAUCCAAUCAGGUAUGGAACAAGCUUCAAUUCUAAGAAGGAUAAGGUCUUCUGUUGGAGGGACUUUCUCAAGGUUAUCGUACACCCAGAGUUUCACUCUCCGAACACGCCCUUAGGUUUCAGGUUUGACAUCAAAAGUCAAAGGUUGAAGGGUUUAACAUGUGAUUGCAGUGAGGUUCUAUUGGAGUACUCUAAUAGAACAAGAGAAGUGGUAAGGGGUUUGCUUAGCGGGAUAUCGACGAGCCUUGGACUCGACCAAUCGUACGUCGAAAAAGCGUUGAAAUUGGAAUCCGGUUUACAAAUAUGUAUCGCCAAUCUUUACCCUCCAUGCCCACAACCAGAAGUUGCAAUCGGGCUUCCGCCUCAUUCUGACCAUGGCCUCUUGACGCUCGUGAUCAACAACGGUGUUAGCGGACUUCAAAUCAAGCACGACGGCAAAUGGAUCGAUGUGAAAGAUACUCUUCCCAACUCGUUUCUAGUCAACACCGCGGACCAGCUUGAGAUUUUCAGCAACGGGAAGUACAAGAGUGUGGAGCAUCGUGCGGUGGUGAAUGAUGUAGUGACGAGGAUAUCGGUGGUUGUAGCGAACGGGCCGGCACUGGAUGCGGUGGUGAGACCGGCGGAUAAGUUGGUGGACGAAGAAAGGCGGCCGGUGGCAUAUAUCCCGAUGAAGUACGAAGAGUAUUUGAAAAUGCAACAAGGCAACCAAAUCAACGGGAAAACUUGUUUGGACAGGGUUCGGGUAUGAGGAGGAACCCGAAUGUUUCCUUGAUCAGUUGGUGCAUGCUCCUGAAUCAGUAUUUGGUUAAGAAUCAGUCUCUAAAUUAUUAAGAGGUGAAUCUUAUUUGACAAAUAAAAAGUCUGUCUU